AUGGAGACCAGUUUCGGGCCUCGUGGAAGCAGCACGGAAGACAUUUCUCGACCACAGCUUGGCAAUGUCCCGUAUGGCUCUGUCAUCACAACUUGCACUACACCCGGUGUGAUUGCUCUGACAUUCGAUGAUGGCCCUCUCGACUACACCAAUGACCUAUUGGAUCUUUUGGAUGAAAGAGAUGUCCAUGCCACUUUCUUUGUGGCCGGUAACAACAGGGCCAAGGGACAUAUCGAUGACUCGUCCAACCCAUGGCCCGCUGUGAUGAGACGCAUGUACUCUGCAGGCCAUCACAUUGCCAGCCACACUUGGACUCAUCGCAAUCUCAACGAGGUCAACAGCACUAUCCGAAGAUCUGAGAUGAUCUACAAUGAGAUGGCCUUCCGCAAUCUCUUUGGUUGGAUUCCGACCUACAUGCGGGCGCCAUACCUCGAGUGCAACGCCGCAUCUGGUUGCCUCGAUGAGAUGUCCGAACUUGGCUACCAUGUUGUGGACCAGAACAUUGACACGAAAGACUACGAAAAUGAUAGUCCUGCUUUGAUCCAAAUCUCCAAGGAUCGCUAUUCUGCUGGAAUCUCGUCCAACUCAGACAGCAACCAGUAUAUUGUUCUGGCACAUGAUGUUCAUGAUCAGACUGUUCACAAUUUGACUGCUUUCAUGAUCGAUACUGCCCAAGAUCGUGGAUAUAGACUUGUGACUGUCGGAGAAUGUCUUGGUGACCCUCGGGAGAACUGGUACCGAACGGUUUCCCGAGGCCGAGAUGUCACAUCGACAGAGUCGGCUACCCCUACCCGAACUGUCCCUCCUACCAACGUGUCGGUGACAACAAACACUGCUACCUCGACUGCAACUGGUGGUCUUGCUAUACUUGUCAGGGGUCAGCCUUCGGAAGCUGCUGUUCCUGGUACGGCUACUGUGGAUCGAGCGAAAGCUACUGUGGAACAGGCUGUGAUGCAGACUUUGGGUCGUGCACGCCUUCCGGAAGUGACAUUCACGACACCACCAACGGUCUUUGUGGCCCAGGUGUCAGGGCAUCAUGCGGAAACUACGCGGCAAUAG